AACGAUCAUGGAGCACUUUAAAAAUGUUGCCGUUCGCCACAGCAGUUCAGAGGGUUUGAAGGGGAGUGCAGGGGUUGUGUGAAGAGUUCAGUACGCCCCUUCAGAGCCCACCAGCAACUUAGAAGUGAAUUCAAACAUUUCUGCUAGAACAGGAUUCAACUAAUCAAGAAAAAUGGCCAGACUUACAUUAUCUGUUAUAUUCUGUGGAAUGGCUUUUGCAACUGUCUUUAUGCCAGACUUUCUGAAGGCUGGUCCUAUAGGACGCAAUGAAGAAGAGGAUGCUAUAGAGGGCGCUGCUGAGGGGAAGACAGACAGCAAGUCAUCACUGAAAAAGCUGGUCCGUAGCAGGAGGAAUGUUGCCUACUACAGGAGCCUGCCUGAUUUCUGGGGCUGGUAUAAAUACUUCAUGCAGACCAACAACCAGGAGGGAAUUGAGGACAUGGAUCGCAUGUACCUUGUUUACCUGCAGAACAAGCACAGAGUAGAAGAGGGACGCUCCUACAACCAUUACCUCACUCACCUGAGCGAAAUUUACAAAGCCUGUGCUAACUCCGACGACCCAGACUGCAUUGCAGAAUCGACCAGCAAACCCAAAGCCAAGAUGGUCAUGCCUGUUCCUGUGAGGCAAGCUACUGUGACAGUGUGCAACCCUUACCUUGACCCCUACUGCCUCUAUGCUGUUAGACCAAAAGCUGCAGAAGAAGAGCCUUCACCCACCCCAGAAAAGGUCCCUGCUCCGAUUCUGUCUCCUCUACUCCCUCUGCCUCUGAAAACCCCGGCAGCUUACUACUACGCUCCGGUCUUAGAGCCUUUCUUGCCAGCUGAGCAGAGGGCGGAACUGUUGCGUAUCUGCAAUCCUUCAGACACAGAGUGUUUGCAGUACCACCUGCGUGCUGCUUAUGGCUACAGGCCCUCGCUUGGACCUCUUCCCUCCUACGCUCACCUUGGAUGUGAUCCUACCAAAGAUCCUUACUGCCAGCCCAAGCUAGUGGCCAGAUCACCUUCAGGUUUGUAUCACCUGUACCCCAAUUGUAACCCCGCUACUGACCCCCUUUGCGUCACAAAUGUAGUUGCACCUGCAGCCCAAGCCAGUAGGAACGCAGAAACUCCCAAAGAGCAGUUUUGUAAUCCUUUGUUUGAAGAGGGCUGCAACCCUCUUACAGCUGCCAAACUAGCUGGACUCAAUAAGCCUGUCUUGGAAUACGUUCCAAGAAAUGAGCCUGCGCCUCUCAACCUGGCCUGCGAUCCUCGCUACGAUCCAUAUUGUCUGAUGGGUGGAUCCGCUGCUCUCAGGAAACCCCCUCCAGUUCUCCCGGAGUUCCAGACCCGUCACCAGCUGGGCAUCCGUGGGAAGACCAAGGAAGGUUAUGACUGCUACAUGUUCUACGAUAAGGACUGCACCCCGGUGGACAGCCAGGACUUGAGGGCAAGUGCUGGCAGUUCUAAACCAGAAUGCCACCCGUACGACCCCAACUGUGGUAAAUUUGCACCUCAGCCAUCCACUGGAGCUGAAGCAGCCAAGAGAGUCAAAGACGGCAUCAUUGAGCCCCAUCCGGACUGUGACCCAGAAAUCGAUUACAACUGCCGUCUGCGCCGGGCAGAAUCCGCAAGUGAAAAACACAAAGAUGAGCCAGCCCAGCAAGUUCUCCCUGAAAAUGUGGCCCCUGAGUAUCCAGUUCCACGAUUCGAGGACUUCCUGAGAGGCUAUAUGGGUGGCUACAAGAAAUGAGAAGAAAAAAAUGGAUGAGAACUUACAAAUUCAAUCAUGUUUAUACACAUGUAGCACCAGCUUAGGUCUGUGCAAAAGAAGCAAUUCAGGAUCAUCCAGGAAUAGUUGAUGUUUUAGUAACUCUAGAGAUGUAAGGUCUUAAUUCUGUCUGAAAUGUCAUGUUGGGAAACAAAUCCAUAUAUUUGGGGAUUUUGUUAGUGGUAAUGUGAAGCAAUAUUAGUAUUUAUGUAUUAUAUAAUGUAGGGUUAGGGUACUUGAAUAAUACUGAUACAAAAAUCUGUAUGGUAGUUUUUCUCUAAAUUUGUUUUGUGAACUCCUGAUAUAUAUUUAAUGUAGUUUCUACUUUGAUAAAAAAAAACAAUCUUUCUCUUCUGCAUUUUGUUUUAUAUUUUCAGUAAAAAAUA